UUGAAGGUCAUUUCUAAUAUUUUGUGUACGUAUAUAAAUCAGGGGUGCAAGAUGAACGAUAUCAGUUUGAUCCUGUGUCUUAAUCGAAAGAGCUCAACAUGAAUGCAAUGAUAACCCUUGCUUUUGCCGCCUUGGUAGCGACCGCUUCUGCCUCUCACCUAGGUCUAGGUUUAGGAUUGGGACCUGCCGGUCUCGUCCACCCCCACGCCCUUAGCCCAAUUGGACCCUCUGGAAUCGUCACUGGAGCUGGCGCAGCCGGUCCCUCUGGAGUCGUAACUGGAGCUGGAGCUGCUGGACCCGCUGGAGUAGUCAACGGUCAUGGAGCUGUAGGUCCAACUGGUCCCAACGGACAUGGCCCCAUCCUUGCUGGUCCUGGUGCUUUAGGUUUAGGUUUGGGAUUGGGUCUUGCACGUCCUGCAUACAGCCCAGUAGGUCCCUCUGGAAUCGUUACUGGUGCCGGCGCUGCUGGUCCUUCCGGAAUCGUUACUGGAGCUGGUGCUGCUGGACCCGCUGGUGUAGUCAACGGACAUGGAGCUGUAGGACCAACUGGCCCCAAUGGACAUGGUGCUAUCCUCGCCCCUGCUGCUUUAGGUUUGGGUUUGAGAUUGGGACAUGCCGGUUUAGGACUUGGUGGAUGGGGCCAUGGAGUUGAUAGUGAUGACUCAGUAAAAGAUCCGGAUUACCAAGAUCCAACACUACUACCUGAAAAUUUGUGUAUUUCAUCUCCAUCUGUGUUUGAACAUAUUGCUCUCACUUUCGCCGCCAUGGUAGCGGCCACUUCCGCCUCACACCUCGGACUCGGAUUAGGUUGGGGAUUGGGACAUGCCGGUAUUGUCAACCCCCACGCCCUUAGCCCCAUUGGUCCCUCUGGAAUCGUCACUGGAGCCGGCGCAGCCGGUCCCUCUGGAGUCGUAACUGGAGCUGGAGCUGCCGGACCCGCUGGAGUAGUCAAUGGGCAUGGUGCUGUAGGUCCAACUGGUCCCAACGGACAUGGUGCUAUCCUUGCUGGACCCGGUGCCUUAGGUUUGGGAUUGGGUCUUGCUGGCCAUGCUCUUAGUCCCGUAGGUCCCUCUGGAAUCGUCACCGGUGCCGGUGCUGCUGGUCCAUCCGGAGUCGUUACUGGAGCUGGAGCUGCUGGACCUGCUGGUGUAGUCAACGGACACGGAGCUGUAGGGCCAACUGGCCCCAACGGACACGGUGCUAUCUUAGCCCCUGCUGCUUUAGGUUUGGGUUUGGGAUUGGGACAUGCUGGUUUAGGUCUUGGACUUGGCGGAUGGGGUCAUGGAGCAGAUUGCCCUCACAUUUGCUGCCAUGGUAGCUACCUCUUCCGCCUCACACCUUGGUCUAGGUUGGGGAUUGGGACAUGCCGGUAUUGUCAACCCCCACGCCUUAGCCCCAUUGGUCCCUCUGGAAUCGUCACUGGAGCCGGCGCAGCCGGUCCCUCUGGAGUCGUAACUGGAGCUGGAGCUGCUGGACCCGCUGGAGUAGUCAACGGACACGGAGCUGUAGGACCAACUGGUCCCAACGGACAUGGUGCUAUCCUUGCUGGUCCCGGUGCCUUGGGUUUGGGAUUAGGUCUUGCUGGUCAUGCUCUUAGCCCAGUAGGUCCCUCUGGAAUCGUCACCGGUGCCGGUGCUGCUGGUCCAUCUGGAGUCGUAACUGGAGCUGGAGCUGCUGGACCCGCUGGUGUAGUCAACGGACACGGAGCUGUAGGACCAACUGGCCCCAACGGACACGGUGCUAUCCUAGCCCUGCUGCUUUAGGUUUGGGUUUGGGAUUGGGACAUGCCGGUUUAGGUCUUGGACUUGGCGGAUGGGGACAUGGAGCUGGUCAUUUGGGUCUUCAUGGUUGAUAACAAAUAGCAAUUCCUAGGAACUGAACUUUUUAUUGAUUUUUGCAAUGAAGUGAUAUUAUUUAUUAAAAAAUAAAUGUUGCAUAUAAAAGUAUUUGAAUUUUUUAUUUACAGAACCAUUUUAACAAAAAACAGUGACGAAAUAUAAA